ACGCAGGCUCUUUCUUCCUUUCUCUGUUCCACUACCCCCCCACCAACACCAUCUUUUCCCUCUUUUGACUUGCUCUCUCCUUUUUUUUUGCUCUGGCGCUCCCCCCUUUCUCCAUUUCCUCUCCCUGUCUCCCUCUCCCCUCCCUGUCUCCCUCUCCCCUCCCUGUCUCCCUCUCCCCCUCUCCUCUUGCUGCCUCCCCCCUCUCUCCCCUCCUUCUCGCUCUCUCUCCCUCUCCCUCUCUCGCUCUCUCUGCUCCGGCACUGCAGUGCUGAUUGUGAUUGCACACACACUCGCACACACAUACACACACUCACGCAAGCACACACACGCACACACACACACAGGAGCAUAGCUGAGAGGCAAGGACUGCAGCAGCAUGCACCAACCGCGGCUGAGCUGUUCGGGGACACGAGGAAGAGGAACUGAGGAGAGAAAAUAGUGUGCUAUCUCACACCAGCCUGCGUGUGCAUCUUUGCAGCGAUGGGAACGAUGCAUUUCAAGAGCUGAUAGCUUAUGUUAUCCGGCCUCCUCUGCACUGCCUCUGCAUCCCAUUCACCCUGCUCCUCCCACUCCAACUCUUCCUCCUCCUCCUGUCUACAGCAUCAUUAGACAGGACUACAGAUUGACCGGGACUGGCAAGUGGUGGAUGGUCAGGUUUGCCCCGGCUGAAAGAUUCUUCUGUGGCUAUGCUACAUCUACACCAUCGCUGAGGGCUGGAUUGUAUUUGACAUUCGGAGCUAGAAGAUAACCCACAACCUGCAAGAAAUCUUGGAUGUGUGUGUCAUUCUUUGCCAGUGUUGUCAUUGGCGCAUUUCCUCUAUUUCGCUGGUUGUUUUUGCCUUCUCUGAGACUGGCUAGCAGGCACUGCAGCAUCAGGACCGCAAGACCCAUGAAGCGGUAGGGCAUGAGGACCCAGGGGCGACCCAAAGGAAGGGCUUGAGUGCUUCCAUUGCUACCACUGCUGCUGAGGUGCUUAUCUUGAUUUUUUUUUUUUUCUCCAGAAAAGGGAGUCUGGUGGGGGUUGGGGUGGGUGGUGACAGCACAGGUACCCAGGCCCCUGCAGAGCAGAGCGGGUGGCUCUUGCGUCGAGGCAGGCAGGACGUCCUGUGGGAAAGGGGGGAAGAAGGGCCGGCUCGAGCGUUGGGCUCCUGAUGGUGGCUAUUUUUGUCUCCCCUAGCUGAGUGAUUGGGACAGCGGGUGGAAGAGAAGAUGCUUAUGGCCCGAGACACGGCGCGGGAUGAGGCUCAAAAGCUACACAGGAAGUGGCUGAAGCACCAGGCCUUUAUGGCGGAACUGGCCCGCAAUAAAGAAUGGCUGGCCAAGAUAGAACAGGAGGGUCAGGAGCUGAUCCAGGAGAAGCCGGAGCUGCGUCCAGUCGUUCAGCAGAAACUGGAAGAGAUCAGAGAGUGCUGGUCCGACCUGGAGAGCACGACCAAGGCCAAGGCCCGCCAGCUCUUUGAAAACAACAAGCCCGAGCCAGCGGUGAAGAGCUACUCGGACCUCGACAACCAGCUCUCCCACCUGGAGCAGCAGCCCCCCCAGCUGGAACAGGCACACCAUCUGCCCACCUUCAAUGAGCAGCUCCAGAAAUUCCAGGCUAUGGAGUCUCAGAUAGGGGACUUUUACAAGGAUGUGGGAGAGCUGGGAAGCUUGCAGGGGGUCUGCCUACCCCAGCGAGGGCUGAUGGCAGGUGACAAGGAGGGUGGCGAGCAGUCAGGCGAAGUAGAGACCCGCAUCGUCCGCCUCAUUGAGCCCCUGAAGGAGAGACGCCGCAUCCUGCUGGCUUCCAAAGAGAUGCACCAAGUUGCCCAAGACCUAGAGGAUGAGAUACUGUGGAUUCAGGAAAGGCUUCCCUUGGCCUCCUGUAAGGAUUAUGGGAAUAACCUCCAGAGUGUACAGCAGCAUGUAAAAAAGAACCAGACACUCCAGAGGGAGCUGACAGGGCGGCGGGCUCGCGUUGAGGAGGUUCUGGACCGGGCGGGGAUCAUCGCUUCGCUGAGGACUCCUGAGGUGGAGUUUGUGCGUGAAGGGGCGGGGCAUGUGCGCCAGCUGUGGGAGGUUUUACAGCUGGAGACAGAGAGGAGGUCUGUGAUGCUGGAUGCGGCGCUGCAGGCUCAGCAGUACUACAGUGAGGCGGCUAAAGUGGAGUCCUGGCUGUCAGGUCAGAAGCUCCAUCUGGUCAAUGAGGAAAAAGGCACGGACGAGGCGAGCACCCUGCAGCUGCUGAAGGCCCACCUGGCUCUGGAGCAAACAGUGGAAACGUAUGCAGAGACAGUCGGCAUGCUAUCCCAGCAAUGCCAGCAUCUACUGGAACUUGGACACCCAGACAGUGAGCAGAUCACCAAGCAGCAGUCCCACAUAGACCGGCUGUACGUGUCUCUGAAGGACAUGGUGGAGCACAGGAAGACCAAGCUGGAGCAGCAGUACUGGCUCUAUCAGCUCAACAAGGAUGUGGAGGAGUUAGAGAAGUGGAUCACCGAGCGUGAGGCGGUGGCCAGUUCCACCGAUCUGGGCCAAGACCUCGAGGAUGUCACGGUGCUUCAGGAGAGAUUCACCAAGUUUGCCUCAGAAACCAACAGCAUUGGCCAGCAGCGCAUGGAGCAGGUGAACAAAAUGGUGAACGAGAUGAUCGACUGCGGCCACUCUGACGCGGCCACCAUUGCUGAGUGGAAGGACGGACUGAAUGAGUCGUGGGCUGACCUCCUGGAGCUGAUGGAGACCCGCAGGCAGAUGCUGGCGGCAUCGCACCAGCUGCACAAGUUCUUCACUGACUGCAAAGAGGUCUUGGCUCAGAUCGCAGGGAAGAUGAAGCAGCUGCCAGAGGUGAGGGCAUGCCAAGCCAACAUUACCAAUCCAGCCACCCUGCAGAGGCUCAUGCACUCCUUUGAGCAUGCCCUUCAACUGCUAGUCGCACAGGUGAGGCAGCUGCAGGAGAACGCUGCACAGUUGAGAACCAUCUAUGCCGGUGAGAAGGCUGAGGCCAUCAUGGUGAAAGAGCAGGAAGUCAUGGAGGCGUGGAAGGAGCUGCUGAGCUCCUGCGAGGCCAGUCGCGUCCAGGUGACUUCAGUAACCGACAAGGUGCAGUUCUUCUCGGUGGUGCGUGAAAACCUGAUGUGGAUGGAAGGCAUCAUGGGCCAGAUAGGGUGGGAUGAGCCCAGGGAUUUGACGGCACUGGACGUGAUGAUAAAACAACAUCAAGAGCUGAAAGCCAAAAUAGAUGGCCGCAGCAAGACCAUACAGCAGUGUGCAGAUCUCGGCAAGAUCCUGAUAGCCGCAGGCAACCCUGCAUCAGAGGAGAUAAAAGAGAAGUUGGACAGCCUUCUGGCUAAGCAGAAGGAUCUUGUGGAAAAAUGGGACAAACACCAGGAAAGGUUACAGCGCAAGCAGGAAAGGUUCCAAUUUGCCCAGGAGACGGUAAAGGCGGAAGCCUGGCUGAAGGCCAAGGAGCCGCUGAUCACCUCCAAGGAGCCAGAGGGAGGAGAGGCCCGGGCCCAAACAGACGAGGUUGAACAGCUCAUCCUUCGCCAUGAGGCCUUCCGCAAGGCUGCUGUAACCUGGAAAGAACGCUUCAGCUCUCUCCGCCAGCUUUCCGCAGCUGAGAAGAAAAAAGAGGAGGAGAAAAAGACAACCCCGCUCUCCAGCCGAAGGAUGUUCCCAUUAUCUUGUCUGACUCCCAGUAUUCCCUCAACCAGUGCUACCUCAUCUUUCUUGAGGCAUACGGUACAGGCGCAUAUAGAACCCAAACCCUUACAGACCAGUCUGGAUCUGGGUGCCACCCCUGCAACCCAGAGAUUGUCCUCGGCCCUAGCCAGUUACAACCCAGUUAUAAAUGGAUCAGGCUACCACGGACUGGAACAGCAGUGCAGUGGAAAGUUGGUGAGCUCCUCGUACCUUGGGAUGAACCAACAGGCGGCUGGAGGUGGAAGCGACUCCGGUUUCUCGGCGCUAACCUCCCACAGUGGUGGAGCAGAUACUUCUACUUACCUUGGGAUAAACCAUCAAACUGCUGGCAGUGCAGAGAGCUCUGGCUACUUUGGACUGACUACUGGGUGUGUGGGUGGUAUGCAAAACCAUCUAGGCAGUGUCAGGUUAGGAAGUUCAGGUAACCUAGCUCAGCAGCCAAGCAGCGGAGGUAUGGGAAAUCCUGGCUUUCUGCCUCAACAGAAUAUGGGCAGUUCUGGAUAUUUGGCCCAACCACAAAAUAUGGGAAGUUCUGGAUACUUGGGACAGCAGCCUAAUUUAGGGAGUUCAGGAUAUUUGGCACACCAGCCUAAUAUGGGGAGCUCUGGGUAUUUGGCACAACAGCCCAAUAUGGGGAGUUCUGGGUAUUUGGCACAACAGCCUAAUAUGGGGAGUUCUGGGUAUUUGGCACAGCAGCCUAAUAUUGUGAGCGCUGGAUACCUAGCACAGAAUUAUCAGAGCCCUGGGGGAAUGGGUAGCUCAGGCUUUCUGGCACAAAAUCAUUACAGCAGUGGAAGUCUGGGCAGUUCUGGAUACCUGGCGCAGAGUGGUGGCAUCAUGGACCCUAAAAUGGCGUAUGCAUGGCAGCACCUGAAAGCUGACUUCAUGCAGCCCAGGAUCAACCACAUCCACAAGGCUGUAAACCCCCUCCUAGAAGCCAGUAGAGUGCAGCGGGAACAGUUUGGGGACAUCCCAAUGGCAGACAUGAUGGGGCCAGAGUCGGGGCUGGAGCUCCUCCAUGGCCGUCUCCAGAGGGAUCCCCGUGGCAGCCGCUCUGAUCCUCAGAUGGACCAUCUGAGGCGAGAGAGGGAGUACAAGCUGGGUAGACAGACCUCCAGCGAACAGGAGAUCCAGGCAAGGCUGAACGAGCUGCCGCUGAUCGUGCGUCAGGAGCGCUAUCGGAGGCGCCUGGAGAGGCAGUCAUCCAGUGAACAAGAGGGGAGCAGCAAGCAGAGACUGCAGAGGCAGGACUCGAGUGACCUGGAGGGCUCUGUUAAGGAGGGCUCUGACAAACGCUCAGGGGAUAAGAGAUCUACCAUGGCAGAGAUUGUAGAACAAGUCCAGGAGAGAGAAGCAGCAACUGCACGAGGAGAGCCUUAUCGGCCUACUAGCAGCCUCUCAGCGCCUGUGACUCGUUUUGACGGCCGCCCUCGUGCCCGAGACCGCCCCAAACCGAGGAGGAGGCCCCGUCCAAAAGAGCCUGAGGAGACACGGCGUUCUCGCUCAGCUCCAGCUACUGGUGCCCCAACAACACCUCAGCCACCUUCACACACUGCCCAUAACGAAGGCUUCCUCUACCGCAAAAAGGCCACCACCUCUGACCUUGAAGCUCAGCAGAGAAGCCCAAACAGCAAGUCCUGGGUGAACGUAUAUUGUGUGCUGAAAGAGGGAAAGCUGACCUUCUACAAGGAUGCAAGGAACCACAACACAACGUACAAUGAAGAGCCUCCUGUUGACCUUAGUACCUGCUCAUUUGAUCCUUCAAUGGGAUACAAGAAGAAGAAAAACGUCUUCAUUCUUCAAAUGAAAGAUGGAAACAACUUUGCAUUCCAUGCAAAAGAUGAGGAGGACCUGAAGGCUUGGACUUCAAAUAUCACCACCUGUAUAGCUGAGCAUGCGGCUAUGGCCAAGUGGGACAAACCAGGCACCUCGUCCAUGGACCCCGACCACUCGGAGAGGAAGGAGAAGUCGGAGGGGGACGCAGAUGCCAGGUCAGAGAGGUCUGAGCUCGCCGAGGGGGAGGAGAGGUCCGAGAAGGAGAGGUCAGAGAAAGGGGAUGGCUCUGAGAAGUUAGACACGUCAGAAAUUGCCGACAAAAUGGAGGGCGGGGCGGGGGGCUCCAGCACGUCUGGAAAGAGCAAAUGAGGAGCCCCCCCCCCCCUUUUUGUGUUUUAACAUUACUCACUGACUAAAAGGUGUAGGAGGCGGUGGGUGGGAGGGAUGGAUGGAGAGCAUGUGCAGCUAGGUUUGCAGAUCCUCAGUCACAGAGCUGGAACACACUGAGGCCACGGCCCUGGACUGACUAUUGUUACUGUGACGGACUAAUCUCUCAGCCCCUCCCCUUCACCCAGGCAAAACAUCAGUGCUUGCAUUGUGCCACCUGCUGGUAGAUAGGAGGCUGGCCCAGACAGACAGACAAGACAGACAGACAGACUCCAACAAGUGGUCCCAGGAAGUAGCCACUGUCACGUCCCAUCGUCGAUCGUUUAAUCUCUUGGAUUCACAGCAUCUUUCUGUAUGUAUCUUUUGACUGAUAAUGUAAUGCUCUGUCUAGCUAGACAAACCCCGAGAAGUGGUGAAUGAAAUGUUUCACAAUAUUAAAAAAGAAAAAAAGUUUUUUGAAGCAAUAUACUUUUUUAUUUCUUCUCUUUGUUGAAGAGAGAAAAAGGGGAAAAGGAAACAAGAUAUAAUUGCAAAUGUGAACUCUAUGAUUUGUCACAUCCACGUAAGCUUACUCCAGGCAGUUGUGCACCUUAGACACUUGACACAUCUGUAUACUAAUCAUAACAACAUUUAAUCCCAUCACAUGGCUAGCUUUGAAUCAUCUUAAUAUAAUGGAAUGCUGGUGUUACCCACCUGACUUCAUUGGUGUCAAUGAAUACACAUUUCUACAGUUUCUUUUCAGUUUCUAUGAUUCUUCUUAUUGUUAUUAUUAUUAUUAUUAUUAGUUGUCCACAAUGAUCCAUGUCUAGAAAAGAGCUUCCCAUCAAAUUCUAAUCCAUUAACCUGAGGGGUGUUCAAAGUGGCGAUGCUCAAAGUGAAACUAAGCCUAUGUGACACAAUGCCUUUGUAUACAUGACGAAAAUCAGAACAUUGCAUGAAAUAGUCUAUUAGUGCACCUGUUAAACUUGCCUUUAUUUUUAUGUUCUUGAAAUAAUUUGGGAAGUAUUGGAAUUGCAAUAAUUUAAUGUGAGUGGGGUCGGGGGGGGGGUGGAACUGGAUUUUGCUAUCAUGGUCCACUUCUCAAAAUCCAGAGGUAAGUUUGACAAAGUAAGGCUGUCUUCUAUCCACAGUAAGCAUGAGAAGAAAGGGUUUUUGGUUUUUUUGGUGUGUGGGGGGGAGGGUAUACCAGAGAAGUGACUACUCCUUGAUCUGUAACAUGAAUUAAGAAGCCAAAUGGCCCCUCUGCUGUUUGUACUGUAUUACUGCGAUCUUAUUUUCCACAGAAUGUACUGACUUCAGCUGUGAAAUGUUCAAUCACCACCAGAGUUUGUGGUGCCCCAAAAUUGUAAAGCCCUGAAGCAGUUCACUGAGAGUUAACCUCUCUCUGUACCCUGUGUCUUUCAUUUGAAGUUCAAACUGAUUGGAUUCUCUCCAUCAAAGGCAAGUUAAAUGUAAAACUGUCAUGAUUCGAGUCAUGAAUUGUAUAUACCUAUCUUUGUAUGUAUACCAAUAAAUCCUGUGCUCUAAUAAAAACAAUACUCUGAACUGAAAUGGGUAAAAUUAAAACAUUUGUAUUAAUCUACAAAUAAAAAACAAUCAUCACUCAAAUAUAUUAAUGUUUAUUACAUUUAAAUGAAAAAUAUGCAAAUUAGGAGUCACUAUUAAAUAUCAUAGUGUAUAUACGUACACCAGUAUCUAGUUGUAUGAAACACCUUUUACCAGGGAAGAGCAGCAGGACAUACUGUAGGUAUGCUUGUUGUAUUUUUAUAUGCCUAUAUUUAUUCAUAUCAGAUUCAGGAGUUGGCCCGCAGCCCCAAUAAGAUCUUGUAAUAAUAGCUGAUUGAGUAGUCAGUGUGUCUGUGAGAGGUGUGCUAAAUUUAUAUAUUACAGACGAGGGAAAAAAAUCAACUAGCCUGGGCAGUUCAGUACGCGCCGCUCUGGAUAAUCUAAUUAUUGGUGACUAAAGUGAAGUACAGUAUGCUGUGAUCACAGAGAUGAACAUGCAUUAGUCCACUUACUGUUUGUUUGUCAUGUGUGUCAAUUAUUUUUUACAUAUAUAAGUACAAUUAAAGCUUCCUUAAUGUCAGUAAAAUGUAGCCAUUUUGACACAUUGUACUCACAUUAAGGAGAAAGGGAGAAACACAUGCAGUGUGCAGACAGCAGCUGAGACUUUAUUCAAAUGUACUUUUGCAUUUUCCAUCCUAUCAGAGUGCACCUCAAAUAUGUAAAAAAAAAAAAAAAAAGAAAAAAAAAGGCUAAUUAACAGUCUUCCUUUCUAUAAAAACACCAAAAGUAUAUCUCAGAUGCAGCAGUAUUUGAAUUCACUGACUUGAGGAUUGUAGUGACAGUUUUCUGUGUCUGUAUUACUGCAGCCUUCAAAUUAGCUGAAUGAGAAUAGAUAAGCUAUGUUAUGAUGUGAAUGUUAUUUUCAUUUGUCAGUCACUGUUUGUUUUUACAUAAGUGCCAUGUCAUGCAGUUUGCUGAAACAGCGGUUCAGAAGAGAAAACAAUUUGAAACACGAGUAACGUUCCAUUUGACUUGACACUCGUCUCGACAGUGAGCCUGUCACUGCAAUACACCUUUUUAUCAUUGAAAUAGGAGCUAUAGUAUUUUCAUGUGGCUGUAAUUGUUCUGAUUCAUCACUCAUGGCAGAUAUUUAGCCCGCAUCACCAUGUGCGUUUUUAAGUGUUUGCUUCCCAUCACUUUUAUGAAACACACAGGGGAUUUUUUUUCCACUAUGUUAUAACAGUAACAGUCAAAAUUAAAUAGGCAGCAUAACCGUGACUGAAGAAAAAAAAAUAUUGUGCAAACUUUGUUUCCUUCAUUGAUGGUCUUACAAGUGUGUAUGUCUUUGUUACUUUACAUUACAACUUGCUGCUAUGACAUUAAAUAAACCUCCAAACCUGCUGAUGCAAACUUGACGUGGAAUUGAUGUGGACACACGCACACAGACACACGCACACAGACACACACACACACACCCUUACAGUGUGUUCCUUACAUUUGAACUACAAGCUGUUCUCGUCUCAAUUGCACAUUCUUGAAACUAACAGUCGACUCUUACUGCAGCUCUCUCAGAGUCUGUGAAUGUGAGGGUGAAGACUCCAGCUGAAAAGACACAUUCUCAUCCUGAGGUAGCAGCAGUAGCAUAGAUUAGCACUGACUGUACGUGACCAGCUCCAUAUGCUAAAGCCCUGGUGCUUCCAACCUCAUGGAACACAUUUUGGAGGUCACAUGUAAGACAUAUUAGGAGCAUACAGUGAAGUAUGUGUGACACUGAUGUGUAAACAGACUCAAAUGAUGAAAACAUCUUUUUUUUUUAUUAACAUCAGAGUCUGUGUUCAGUGCUAGUGCCCCCCAGAGUUAGAGCUGGGCUAGCCUCCAUACUGACACUACUGCAGGACUGAAUCAUUGGUUGGGAAUCAACUGAAGGGCUGGUGUUUUCCUAUUGGUGUCCAUAUCAAAGGGGUUAUCUAUAUGCUUCAGAUCCAUCCCUGCUUGCUUCUGUACAUACAGUAACUGGUACAACACAGACAUUUUGAUGCUGUAUUUAUGGCUUUCUUAUAGCAACCAAUGAAAAAUGCUGAAUAUCAUCCCAAGCUACGUACGUGCACUUUUAAAAUAAAAUGUGAGUGGACAUGUGAAUAAUUUAUGUGAGUAAAAAUAAAGGUUCAUGCAACUUUUGUUUUGCACUAAAGUAAAGCCCCCUGCACAGUGUGAGACAGUGGUGGUGAUGCAGGGUCUAUUCUAUAAUAAAACACAAAAAAACAUACAUACAUGUAUACAGUAUUGCACAAUUCUGCACAACUUGAUGUAUGUUUUAAGAAUGUACAUUUUAAUUAUGAUUUGUUUAUUGAAUUGAAUAACAUCUGCCAAUAUCUGUCUGUGGAAAUAUGAAAUAUGGUAUUGUCUCAUAAAAUCUCUUCAUCCCUUGA